UGUGUUGCCGGGACAACGGCCUGUUGUGCUCCGCAGUGCGCAGGCGCGGGGAGAGAAAGUUGGCAGCAGUUAGCCACAAAGCUAAUCGGUUACCGAAGGACAGUGCAGUGACAAUGGCGCAUUACAGAGCCUCCGAGUCGAAGCGCGAGCAGUUCAGAAGAUACCUGGAGAAGGCUGGAGUCCUGGACAGUCUCACUAACGUGUUGGUGGCGCUGUACGAGGAGACGGAGAAACCCAACAAUGCCCUGGAAUUCAUAAGGCAGCACCUGGGCACAGGUGAGCCGGACUCGGCUGACGCUGAAUCUCUGCGCCUGGAGCUGAAAGAGCUACAGCAGAAACACGACCUGCUACUGGAGGAAAACAAAGACCUGAAGCGCCGGCUCCUGCAGUACGAGCCAUCUGCCGAGGUCGGAGGAGCGGAGUGAAGACUGAAGAGGAAGUCCUCUUUCUUUAGUUUAUUAUAUGAGAAAAGGGAGACUGUCGUUGAGAGUCCAGCUGUGGCGUAUUUAUUUGCACUUGUGUAAUUUUUUGUGACUUUUUUGUAAGAUCCUGGAGAAACACUGGAAGGACUAGUUUAGUUGGAGAUGUAGCGCCAUGUUGGCUUUAGUUAGGGUUCAUGUAGGUUUAGUUUGGUAUAACGUUAAUUCCUGAACUCAAUACAUAUUUUUCUGCAUCACC